AUGAGCUGGCAAUCCGGCAGCAUCCGAAGUGGAGGUGGGAGCAAGGGCUUCAGUACAGUCUCUGCUGUGGUUCCAAGUAGCCACAGAGCCAGCUUCAGUUCGGUUUCCGUGUCAAGAGGCGGCGGAGGUUUCGGAAGGCUCAGCGGCGGAGGCAGUUUUGGCAGCCGGAGCCUCUAUAACCUAGGGGGCACUAAGAAAAUUUCCAUCGGUGGUGGGAGCAACCUCCGGAGUGGAUUUGGGGGUGGAGCUGGUGGUGGCUUCGGUCUUGGCGGCGGAGGUCAUGGUGGCGGAUCAAGCUUUGGUGGGGGAGCUGGCGGUGGUGGGCUCAGUAUUGGUGGUGGAGCCGCUGGGAGUGGAUUUGGCUUUGGUGGCAGUGGGCUUGGUUUUGGUGGCGGGGGAGGCUUUGGUGGAGGUAGAAGUCCAGCAGGAUUUGGGGGUGGCAAUUUACCUGGCAUGGGUACCAUCCAAGAAGUGACCGUCAACCAAAGUCUCCUGGCGCCACUGAACCUGGAGAUUGACCCGAACAUCCAACAGGUGCGAAAAGAGGAGAAGGAGCAGAUUAAGAGUCUCAACAACAAAUUUGCUUCUUUCAUUGACAAGGUCCGCUUCCUGGAGCAGCAGAACAAGGUGCUUGAGACCAAGUGGACCCUGUUGCAGGAUCAGGGUCAGAAAUCCAAUUCCAACAAGAAUAACCUUGAACCCCUCUUUGAGUCUUAUAUCAACAACCUGAGGAAGCAGCUGAACAACCUAUUAAAUGAAAGAGGGCGGAUGGAGGGAGAACUGAAGAACACGCAGGACCUUGUAGAGGAUUUUAAGAACAAAUACGAAGACGAAAUCAACAGGCGCACAGCCGCGGAGAAUGAGUUUGUGGUGCUCAAGAAGGACGUGGAUGCCGCCUAUAUGAGCAAGAUAGACCUGGAGGCCAAGGUGGAUGCGCUGAUGGAUGAGAUCAACUUCCUCAGAACCCUCUAUGACGCGGAACUGGCCCAGCUGAAUGCCCAGGUGUCUGACACCUCCGUCAUCCUGUCGAUGGACAACAACCGAGACCUGGACCUUAGCAGCAUCGUGAACGAAGUCAAAGCUCAAUACGAGGACAUUGCUAACAGGAGCCGAGCCGAGGCCGAGUCAUGGUAUCAGAACAAGUUCGAGGAGCUGCGAGCCACUGCUGGGAAACACGGCGAUGACCUGCGGAACACAAAGGGAGAAAUCUCAGAGCUCAACCGGCUGACCCAGAGAUUACGAGCCGAGAUUGAGAAUGCAAGGAACCAGUGUGCCACUCUGCAGACGGCGAUCGCGGACUCCGAGGAGCGUGGCGAGCUGGCGCUCAAAGAUGCCAGGAUGAAGGUGGCCGAGCUGGAGGAUGCCCUGCAGAAGGCCAAGCAGGACAUGACGCGCCAGCUGCGGGAGUACCAGGAGCUGAUGAACGUCAAGCUGGCCCUGGAUAUCGAGAUCGCCACCUACCGGAAGCUGCUGGAGGGAGAGGAGAGCAGGCUGAGCGGAGAGGGCGUCAUCCCCGUCAGCUACUCGGUGGUCAGCUCUAGCGCUGGAGUUGGUGGCGGAGCUGGUUUAGGAGGAGGAUUUGGCGGCUUUAGCUCAGCAGGAGGCGGAGGAGGAUUCGGCUAUGGAGGUGGAAGUGGUCUCGGUCUCGGAGGCGGAGGGUUCGGCUUUGGAAGCGGCGGCGGCUUCGGAGGGGGCAGUGGCUUUGGCUAUGCAGGUGGCAGCGGGCUGAGCGUCGGAGGAGGAAAUUUCAGCACCGGAAGCGGGAAAGGCACUGGGGUGGGAACCAGCGUGGGCGUGAAAAUUGUCUCCAAAACCUCUUCCAGCAAAAAGACCAUUAAAAGUUAA